GACUCGGACAACAUCUGCGAAGUCAACUCGGUCUGCGAAAGAUUGACCGUCCUGCAACUACUGGAGUCAACUCGUCGGCAUAUUGCGAUCAAUACGGGCUGAUUACUUUCUACGAAUGACGCAAAACGAAUCAUGGAAAAGUUCUUGAGGGACUGGCGGCAGGAUGCCCUGAAUAAGCACCAGUAUGAGUCGGCCAUUUUCAUUGGAGACAAGCUGUUAGCCUUAACCCAAAAUGACAAAGAUGCAUUCUGGCUUGCCCAAGUUCACUUCUCAACCGGGAACUAUACUCGAGCGCAGAGCUUCCUCUCGAAACAAGACCUCAUUGCCCGAAACCCGUCAUGUCGGUAUCUCGCUGGGCACUGCUUGAUAAAGCAAGGGAGGUUUGAAGAAGCACUCGCUGUCCUCGGCGAGAAGAAUCCCACACAUCUCAUCACAAGCGCGAAUAACAGCCGACGGAAACUACAACACACAAGCGGAAGCCGAACAGGGUCGACGCAUCAUAGCAAAGCAGCAGUUAGAGCGGUUAGGCAUGAUAGACAGGAUGAAGCGGCUCAAGAGGAUGCAGCGAAUAUUCGAUUCGAGGCUGCAAUGUGUUUUCUGCGCGGACUCUGCUAUGCCAAACAAAACGCAUUCGAUCGAGCAAAGGAAUGCUACAAAGACGCCGUCCGAAUAGAUGUGCAAUGUUUCGAAGCAUUUGAGCAACUCAUGAAGAACUGUUUGAUGUCGCCAGACGAGGAAUGGCAAUUCCUGGAAUCCUUGGAUUUUGACUCAAUAUCCAUCACAGAGGACCCUUCGUCCUCGCAAGAGGCAGCUGAAUUCACGAAGAUGCUUUAUACUACACGGUUAUCAAAGUACAAGAAUCCGACAACAUUCACCGCUGCCACUGAGACUCUCUCGACACAUUACAACCUAGCUACGAACCCCGACCUUCUCCUCUCAAAAGCGGACCUUCUUUUUACACAGUGCAGGUUUAAAGAUGCUCUAGCUAUUACCAACUCGAUCCUCCAAGACGACAAAUACAACUUCAGCAUAUAUCCUCUUCAUCUAGCAUGCUUGUACGAACUGCAGCUUAAAAACGCCCUAUUCCUGGUAUCACAUGAUCUCGCAGACAACCACCCCGAAGAACCGUGUACGUGGCUUGCAGUCGCUAUAUAUUAUCUGGCAAUCAACAAAGUCGCAGAAGCUCGUCGAUAUUUUAGCAAGGCAAGUUUGAUGGAUCCUCAUUUUGGCCCAGCCUGGAUUGGGUUCGCGCAUACCUUCGCAGCGGAAGGCGAACACGACCAAGCGAUCUCUGCAUAUUCCACUGCGGCACGACUCUUCAUGGGAACACAUCUCCCUCAGCUCUUCCUGGGUAUGCAAAAUCACAUGUUAAACAACAUGACGCUCGCCGAUGAGUUCCUGAAGACUGCGUAUGGACUUUGUAAAACUGACCCCCUACUCUUAAAUGAGAUGGGAGUUGUAUUCUACCAUCAGGAACGACUUGCUGAAUCGGUAGCCAUGUUUACUAAAGCCCUAGUGAUUGCCGACGAGAUUGACAGUGACUCACAAGCGUGGAUUCCGACACGGUCGAACCUCGGGCAUGCAUAUAGGAGAUUGCAGCAAUGGGAUUUGGCCCUGGCAGAGUUUGAUGAGGUACUCAGGCAGGGUGGAAAGGACCCUUCGGUCUUCUGCGCCAAGGGCUUGGUUUUGAUGGAGCAGAGACGGCCAUAUGAUGCUGUUCAAGUGUUCCAUGAGGCAUUAGCAAUAUCGCCACAGGAUGCUAUUGCCACCGAGUUAUUGAACAAAGCACUUGAGGAGACGGCUAGUAGUAGUCCCAAUGGGGGAGAGGAAUUCGAAGAAGAUGAGGAGUUUGAGAAGGAAUUGGCACUGAGGAAGGCGGAAGCUGCACACUCUCUUGCCGAUAAAAGGUUGGCCAAGGGGAAGGGGAAGUUCAGAUCAAGAUUGAGUAGUGGUUUCGGUGCAGAUGGGGGUAGUCUGAUGGACUUGAGUGAUGAUGACUGAUCACACAUUUGGGAAUUGCAUUGGUGGCGUAGAAGCAGGAUUUGGAGUUCAGGGGGUAAAGGGACCACAAAGCCAAGGACGGCAGUGGAAUGUUGAACGAGGAUGAAUUACGGCAGUCUGUGCCUCAGACAUCAUUCUGCCGGUAUACGAAAAUCACACAAGGGCUUCAAUCCAACACCUCAACCUCGAACUCCUGCCCGGAGACCUCGUACCUUGUUCCUCCCACUUUACCCCCUUAAUACCAUAUCUCCUACUAACCCUCCUGCGCCCGUCCAUGAGAGUCGAUUUCCAGUAGCUGCCAAGACCAAAGCCAUGCCUCUGAUGACUUUUACGGACACAAUGACAGGCCCGGGUCCGAUAUUCACGACCAGGAAGCUGUCAGCCUAAGCCCACUGGAUUCUGGUUUAUUGUGAAUAUUCGGCCAUUCGCCUUGUUAGCAC